CGUCGCCUCUCGUUGUCGUUAUUUCUCCAUUAUGGACACCGUAUACGUGAGUGGCCGCUUUCGAUAUUCGCUUCAAAGCUCUUCAACUGCUGGCAGCAUUAGUCAAUCAAUAAAUAAUCGAUUACUUUCUCGUUGCACGUGUAACACACCAUUGUUAAUUAUCUCCAUCAUAAAUUGAUAUUCGUCUCGUUAUCAUUAACUGUUUAUCAAAGAAUUUUUAUACAGCUAAAGAAACACCAGAAGCUGGUCUCCAUAUUUGAAUUUAAAUCUUCAGGCGUUGCUGUUCUGCACGAUUGCAUUGAUCUCGUGUCAGUCGUCGAACAGUCAAUACCAGCCACCUCAACAGGCAGCAAUUCUGAGCGACGCCAGAUAUCUGGCUGGAGAUGGGACGUUCGGCGCAGCUUACUCGCAAGAGGACGGCGUGGAGUUCAAAGAGGAAAGCGACGUUUACGGGAAUCGGCGUGGAUCUUACUCCUACGUCGAUCCUACCGGUCAGAGGCGCACAGUGACGUAUACGGCUGGGAAAAAUGGCUUCCAGGCUACAGGCGACGGCAUUCCUGUCCCACCCCCGCAAGUUCCGCCACAACCAGAAUACGUGCCUCUACCGCAAUACAAUCCACCCGAUUAUCAACCACCUCGUUACAAUCCUCCAUCCUCCAGUUCGUAUCAACGUUACAGUCAACCGAGUUACGAGGUACAACCGGAACCCGAGCCACAACCACAACCUCAGUUCUCACCUUCUCAAUUAGCGUAUCAACCUCAACCGCAAUAUCAACCAAGACCUCAGCCACAGUAUCAACCUAGGCCUCAACCGCCGCCUGAGAUUCAAUCCAUCCCUUCGUACAACCCUCGGCCGCGGUAUCAACUGCCAGCGAGACCGUUGCCACAGUACAAUGCUAUAACGACGCCACCCCCUCGAAGAUUCUACCCGCCUGGGAAGCUGGACUUCAACAGGACCCCGGAUGGCUACUCGUACACGUUUAGCAAAAGCUAA